AUGCGGCUCUCUUGCAAGGUGGCGGCGGCUCUGCUGUGCCUCGGUAGCCUGCUGCUGCUCUAUCUGCUGGCAGGCAGCGCCGCCGCACCCCCGCGCCCCCCGCCCGCCCCCUCCGCGCCCGCCCGCCCCGCCGCGCCGCUAGCCCGCCGGCAGCCGCGCCUCAGCAGGAGCCCGCCGAGGAGCGGCAGCAAGCUCGUCAGUGCCAGGAAGCUGGGAGAACAGAAGCAUGCAAGACAGCCCUCGUCAGUGCAACAAUGUAUGCAUCUGGCAGUGGUGGCAUGUGGGGACCGGCUGGAAGAGACACUGAUCAUGCUGAAAUCAGCAGUUCUCUUUAGCAACAGGAAACUCUGUUUUCACAUCUUUGCUGAGGAUUCCCUCAGGCCUGAAUUUGAGAAGAAGUUAAAGGAAUGGCCUUCCUCGCACACCAAGAAGUUUGAACACCACAUUUACCCAAUAACCUUCUCAGUAGGAAACGCUCAGGAAUGGAAGAAGUUAUUCAAACCAUGUGCUGCCCAGCGCCUUUUUCUUCCGGUCAUUUUAAAGGACGUGGACUCUCUCCUUUACGUGGACACUGAUGUUCUCUUCCUGAGGCCCAUCGAGGACAUCUGGCACAUCCUGAAAGAGUUUAACUCAACACAGCUAGCUGCCAUGGCCCCAGAACACGAGAUACCAAAGAUUGGCUGGUACAGUCGCUUUGCACGUCACCCUUAUUAUGGGCCAACUGGAGUCAAUUCCGGAGUGAUGCUAAUGAAUUUAACACGGAUACGCAGCACACAGUUCAAGAACAGCAUGAUACCGAGUGGUUUGAGCUGGGAGGAGAUGUUAUAUCCCUUAUACCAAAAGUACAAAAAUCACAUUACAUGGGGAGAUCAGGAUCUGCUAAAUAUAAUUUUUUAUUUCAACCCAGAGUGUCUCUAUGUGUUCCCGUGCCAGUGGAACUACCGGCCCGAUCACUGUAUGUAUGGAAGCAACUGCAAAGGUGCAGAAGAAGAAGGUGUCUCUGUUCUGCAUGGCAAUAGAGGUGUCUAUCAUGAUGACAAACAGCCUACCUUCAAGGCACUCUAUGAAGUGAUACGUGAUUUUCCAUUUGAAGACAAUCUCUUCCAGUCCUUGUACUACCCUCUGCAGUCUAAGUUUCUGGAUACAGUGCACACUUUAUGUGGAAGAAUCCCACAAGUAUUUUUGAAGCAAAUUGAGAAGACUAUGAAGAAGGUGUAUGAAAAUCGUGUCAUUGUCUACUUGGGGGCAAACCACAGAUACUGA